AUGAGUCGAAAUACUACUCGCAACAAUGACGAAAUCCUCUCUUCUAUGUGUCACACAGCAAUGAAUCGACGAAGCAGCAGAAGUCUGUUGAAGUAUGGGUCAUCGGAUGAGAGUUCAAUCGUAGACAAAGAACAUUUAGCGUCCAUAUGCACACAUCUUUGCAAUCAACUAAAAACCAUCAUUAACCUGCUGAUAGACUUUGCGGGAGAUGUUUGUGAUGAAUCAGCAACUGCACGUAGUUUGCUCCGCGAAUUAGAGGACAAGGUAAUGCCGUUUCUGGUAAAUUUAGAUAUCGAAAUGGCCUCAUCAGAGAAACUUAUCCGAAUAAAUAUUGAUACAGCAAGAAUUAGUGAAACUAAAGUGGACUGGCUGCUGAAAUUCAAUAAGUGCAAGUUGGAAAUGCGCGAAAUACUGGCCACGCUUUCUGGCGCAGUCUACAAAGAUCUGGAACGAGUGCUGUCGCUGAGGUGCCGAGGUUGUUGUGGUAUGAUUUUUAAAAAAGAAUUGAUGCUCUAUUUAUAUCAAAUGAAGAAAGGCACUGAUAAACUAUAUAAAGAAAUCAAAUUGGAACAAACAGCGCUCAUCCGUUAA